ACAUGCUGGUCUUGUCUGCCUUUGCGGACGUGCGAUAUAUAGAAAGCUACUACCAGAAAUAGGAGUAUACUUGAGCUAUGACUCAUGGCAACGUUUCGCCACCUUCUUACUAGGAAAUGCGAUUUUAGAAUACCCAACGUUUAUGAGAAUGAAAGAUGCCCUUUUGAAUGAAAAUUCUAUUUCCUCACCUUUAGUACGCUGGGUGGUCCUUCAGCAAAUAAUUCCUCAUGUAUUUCCGACUUCACCUAAAGUAGAUGUUCCAUACCAUCCUUCGACGGGUACCUUAGACAUCCUUGAGGUCUUAAAACAAGUUAUACGUGUAUUUGAUCAAGAAACAAUAAAAUCUUGUAACUCUUUUAAGCUAGCACAUGUACUUGUUAGCAAUGCGAAUAAUCAGGAGGUUCCUAAAGAAUCGGUGUAUGAUGCAGAACUUUACCGGAUUAUGUCAAAUUGGCUUGUUAUAUCACGACCUGAUCAUCCAACAAUUGCUCUUGAACUUUUAGCUACAGCUACAAAAAAAGAGCUUAAGAAACACUAUGAACGGGCACUUCUAUAUGACAAGAAACUACCUGUAGAUAAGACAUGGGUUGUUUAUUUCACCUGUUGCGAAGGUGCCAUUUCAGAGCCAUACUGGCCAACUGAAUCUUAA